AUAUCUAGCCCAACCCCUUCUCUCUUAGCUUUCCUACUUGAUCCUGCCUGAGACUUUUGUCUGCAGCAAUUCCCAGUGGACUGAGGGAGAGAGAGAAAGCCCAGGAUAGCAACGUGUGACCCCUCAUAUACAAGUGAUCAUGGGGUCUGGGGUCCGGGUUUUGCUGUGCUGUCUGCUAGUGGGGUUCUCAGUCCUGCUCUUUUUUGGGGGGCAGAGGGCGAAUGGGGACCUUCCAUACAGCAAGGGAGUUUGCUCCAGGCAGACCUUGGUGAUUCCUCUAAGAUACAAUGAAUCCUACAGCCAACCAAUAUACAAACCUUAUUUGACACUGUGUGCAGGUCAGCGGAUCUGCAGCACUUACAGGACCACAUACCGCGUGGCAUGGAGGGAGGUUCAGAGGGAUGUGCAGCAGUUUCAUGCCAUAUGUUGUCAGGGUUGGAAGAAGAAGCACCCAGGGGCACUGACCUGUGAAGAAGCCAUUUGUCCUAAGCCCUGUCAGAAUGGAGGGAUUUGCAUUCAGCCUGACCAGUGCGAAUGCACCCCAGGCUGGGGAGGGAAGCAUUGUCACAUGGAUGUAGACGAAUGCAGCACUGGCAUCAUUCUUUGCUCUCAUAGCUGUUCCAACACCCUGGGCAGCUUCACUUGCAGCUGCCCAAAAGGUCUAGUUCUCGGGACCAAUGGAAGGACUUGUGAGGAGGUCCCCUCUGAACCACUUCCCAGUCCCAGUAUCCUUAGUUUGACAGUUCGGGAGGCGAAGAAAGAAAAGCAUUCCCUGAGGCUGAAGGUUGGAGAAUUACGUGGGCGACUGGAGGUCUUGGAGCAGUGGGCUGGGCAGGUGAGUGCCUGGGUUCGAGCUGUGCUGCCAGUGUCUCCUGAAGCGAUCCGACCUGAGCAGGUGGCAGAACUAUGGGGGCGAGGAGACCGCAUAGACUCGCUUAGUGAUCAAGUGCUGCUUCUGGAGGAGAAACUGGGCGCCUGUUCUUGUGAGGACAACAGCCUGGGUCCAGGUCUCAACCACGGCAGAUAAAAGCCCUUUUGGACAGCAACACUUUCUAUUUUCAAUGCCUGCCCUCCACCUUCUUUGCCCAGGGAAAUUAUUACUAAAGGAAUUAAAACAGCUGCAAAUCUGGACAGAAAAUGUCAUCUGCAUGCAGAAACAGAACUAAGGAGAUUGAAUGUAAAUCAAUACAUGCUAUGUUCACUUCUUUUUUCUUUAUCUCUCCCAUGGUUUUCCCUUGUGCUCUGAUUUUUCUCUCCCAAUAAUUCAUAAAGCAAUAUGUAUUAAAAAUAAAUUUACUACAAUAAAAAAAACUACAGUGCUAAUUUCCUAAGGAUAUUGUUGGAAAAAAGAAAAAGGAUCAUUUGUACAAAAAUAUCUAUUGAAGAAUUUUUUGUAAAAAACUCAUAUGUAACUUGUGUCUAGUAGUUGAGGAUAGCUGAAUGUAUUAUGACAAAUUGUAAUAUUGCUGUAGCAUAAAAAUGAUUUUAAAAAAGCUGCCUAAGGAAGAGGCGAGAAUAUUCUUCUACUGCAGCCCCGCCCCCUUUUAGCGUAAGAUGGGUUUGGACCACAGAGAUCUUUUCCCCAACAAGAUACAACACACAGAGUCCUUCCAUCUCCCUUUAUUCUCCAUAUUUCGCUAUUAAUCCAGAUAAUAAAAACCAUCGGAGCCAAGCAAACUCUUGGACUGCCUCUUUCAUCCCCUCCAGGCCCACCCUCCUGAGGUAGGAGAGGAGAGUGUUUGGAAAGGAGGAAAGGGCAGUCCUGGUACCCGUGAUAGGGGAGAUUACUGGAAUACGGAGGCCUUGGGAGGAAAAGCAGAACCGUUUGGGAGAAAUGUCAGGGAGUCCCCUCACCUCCCCAGAUCAUACUGGCCUGGGGUGGGGGAAAGAGUAGGACCAUCAAAUGGUCCUUCUUUCCCCACCCACCCUUUCAUUAAUGCUCAUCAGAUUGGGGAAAGGGCAUCAGCAGGACUGAGUUUCCCCAAAAGAAGAAUGGGGCUUCUCUUUUCCCCUCCCACCUAAAUGGGGAUGUGCUACUUAAGGCUGGGAUCCUCUUCUAGGCUGGGAAUGGCUGCUAGGCAAGGAAGCCUAGAUUUGGCUGGGAUUCUCCUCUACCCCUUUUUAUAAUCAGCCUCGAGCCUUUCCCUUUGGACUUUAUUAACACUGAGAGCUUUUGGCUGCCAAUCUGGACGAUGGGAGGUGGGGGAAGGGCAGCUCCUCAG